UCGUAGAAAAUAUAUUUUCAAACGGAAUGACUGCUCUCUCAGGCUUCUCCGUGGCUGGAACAUGCCGCUGUCAGUGUCAAGGGUGUCCAUGUGUCAAAAGAGCAGUUUAUCGUAGUUCGAAUGUCGAGUAAAAAAUUGUAUAUUCGCAUUUGAUUCUUGCGCUAAAAAUCGAAAAGGAAAAAGAACGAGUUUUUUUAAUUAUUCACUAACUGAUAAGACGAUGGCUGUUAGCAGUGGAGUAUCUUUUGUAUUAUCGUCCAUAAUGACGGUACUGCUGUUUUCCGGAAUGCAAAUGUACAAAGGUUGGCUGGGUUCGUCACAAUUUGGAACUGUAUUGGGUGGAUGGGUGGGAUCUUUGUUGUUUAUGUGCACAUUGACCGCUGUGGGAAAUCUCGAGAGGUCUUUAUUCGGAAAGUCAUUCCAACAGAAAUUGCUUCCAGAAGUGGUUUUUUCACUGACUUUGAGUCUAAUUGCUUCUGCUCUGAUACAUCGAGUAUCUACCACAACAUGUUUAAUAUUCUCUCUCCUUGCACUUUAUUACAUGAAUCGAAUUUCUCAAGAAACAUAUGGUGUUUCUGUACAGAAUUCAAUCCAAGUGCAAUCUAAGAGACGCAAAUGAAUAUGUACAAGGAUGUUUAUAUUUUUCUAUUAUUAUACAUCAUGAAAAGUGUUGAUACAUCUU